GGGGGGGCGUGGUCAUCCACACCGGCAGCUCCAGCAGGGACUGUCAGCCUCCUUGUCGCCGCAGUGAUGACAUGGCAGUGGGGUGGAGAUGAGCACACAAACCGUAGGCUAAACACAUUACAACACUUUGUCGUUGGUUUGUUGUUGUUUUUUUUUCUUCGUCGUUGAUUGUUUAUCUGCUUUGCCUCAGUAACUCCAGCGUUUUACAUCCGAAAGUUUUCUCUCUUUUUUUUUUUAAACUCGCAGACGUCAAGUUUUUUCAUGAAGACGGUAACGAUGAUACAACCUGUGCAGACUGAGUUUUUAGUGGGUUUUUUUUUCUAUGUUUACAUUACUAAAAUCGUAUUGAGCUUCUAAUAUUUACUUUUGACAUAACUUUUACUUCUUUUAUUAUUAAUAUUGGCGUUUAUAGUGCGUAUUUAGUUUGCUUUGAAAUCUUAUUUUGCGGUGACAUUAUCUCAAAAAUAAGGACUUAGGAGCUUUUAUUUGUUCUUAAAGUGGCAAAAGAUUACAAGUAUUGCUUGGUAUUUUAAUUAUUCGCCUCCAUACAUGACUUCAGACCUACCGUCACUGGCCAAACCCUCUGCAUUUUGCAACUUUUUUUCAUGCGGAAUCCAUAAUUGGAGACCUCACUGUGCCAGCCAUUUAACGCGCGCGCUCAACCGGAUUAGUGAUGCAGCACGAGCGCCUGCUCAAAGUUUUGGUGAUCGGUGAUCUCGGAGUCGGCAAGACGUCCAUCAUAAAGCGCUACGUGCACCAGGUCUUCUCUCAACAUUACCGCGCCACCAUCGGAGUCGACUUCGCCCUCAAAGUGCUCAACUGGGAUCACAAGACGGUGGUGCGGCUGCAGCUGUGGGACAUUGCCGGGCAGGAACGCUACGGCAACAUGACCCGCGUGUACUACAGAGAGGCCGUGGGGGCCCUUGUUGUCUUCGACAUGACCAGACUAUCCACGUUUCAGGCCAUCCUCAAGUGGAAAGGAGACCUGGACUCAAAGGUCGCUCUGAGCAAUGGGAGACCGGUUCCCGCCGUUCUAUUGGCCAAUAAGUGUGACCAGCGUCGUCACGGUCUGUGCCCCAAACUGCCCAAACUGGAGAACUUUUCCAGGGAGUACGGAUUUGUCGGCUGGUACGAAACCUCUGCCAAGGACAACACCAACAUUGAUGCAGCCAUCACGUGUUUGGUGAAAAAUAUCAUUACUGUGGAGGAGGAAAGAGCUUUGAGCGAAGCGACCAACGCCGCCUCUAAAAACGAACCGGAGGGCAGCGUCCUCGUUCUGCCUCGCUUCGAUUACAACGUGAAAGAGAAAGGACUCGGUGGAUGUUCAGGAUGUUCUUCGCUUAAACCUAGAGACAGAGACAACGACUGAAUGAGGGAGGAAAGGGAUGGGUCUGAACCAAAAGACUGGAAGGAGACAGAGAGAGGAGUGUGGAGAUUACUUUGUUGAAUAAUUAAUAUGCUGUAACUUAGAGUUGCAUCCUCUCCCUCUGCCUUCACAAAUGCAUUUCGUCAGAGGAAACAGUUUAACAGUUCAGGAUUUAAAAAUGUAAAAUGAGAAGAUUUGCAAAUCAUGAAUUUACUUUAUUUUUAUAACAGAAAUUGAGUCAAAAUUUGUUCCAUCCUCACAAAAAGUCUUUUAUUUUGAAAACCUUUUGAUAAAACAAUUUAUGUGUUUGGAAGAAAAAGUGACACCUGCAACAGAAAAGUUUUUAUAAAUUAACUAAAAUUAAUUUGUCAAGUUCACAGCAACAUAUUAUAACACACAAUACAUUCAUGAAAGAAUUUGAUUUCUUCUUUCAUAAUGACAUAUUGGAAUUCAAUACCGUCACUUGUGAAUAACAGAUUGCCUGAACAUUUUGAAGGUCUUGGUUUUGUUUUGAUGCUUUUGUUGGAGCAGAACACACAGCAGAUGCUAUUGUUCUUUAGACGUGAGAAAAACAGCAUCUGUUUCAUUUAAAAGGCAAAAAUCCUUUUUUAAAGGAUUUUGUUUUUAAAUGAAAUGCUAAUUACUUUAUCUAGCUGUACUUGUCAUGGCACAGCUACUCCAUUCAUGCUUUAUAUAAGAUCGUUUAAAUUAGGUUUGCUUUGUAUCUAGAAUAUAAAUUAACUGUAUUUAACUGCAACAAGAUGGUUUGAUGAGUUUCACACCCGCUCAGGCCAAAGUGUUAAGUUUGUCCAAGUUUAACUGUGUUUCUACUUAAAGGUGAUCAUUACUAGCUGUGAGAAUGCAGUUUUGUAUUUUUAAACAAGAUUAUAUGUGUGUUUUAUCUGUGGCACAAGUCAGUAUUUUUCCCUUUCUCUUCCUCAUCAUCUCCCUCGCUGCCUGACUUUGUCUCGGAUGUUUGUCACUGAUAUUAUUUUGUUGAUGUCAUCAGUGAAAAAUGCAAACCAUGCAUUUGCAUAAUGUUUAAACAGCAGCUUCUGUUGAGUUACAGAGGAUCAGCUGAGAAUUUAAAGUCACCUUUUGACCACUAGUGGCCCUAUACAGCAAUUUUUUUUAUGGGCGGGUUGGCAUUUUGUGUAAUCUCGAGCCUCAUGAGGAAGCAUGUACAAACACAAGGGUGACAAUACAUAAUCCUGCAUACUUCAGAUGGCGAUAAAUAAUUGAAAUGCUUGGCAGUAUUGCACCAAGAAACUUCCAAAUGUGACAGUGAGAGGCCAAUGCACCGAAGAAGACAGUGAGCUAAUGUGAGCAGUGCUGGUUUAAAGACAUCGUAGCUUUAAUACACAUGAUGUGGUUUUGUCCAAUAAAUGUGUUUGUUUUUAAAGUG